UGUUGCGCGCGCAGAUGUUGUCUAGCUACGUCACUCCCGGGAAAGCCUGUGAAAAAGAAGCGCGAGAUAGAAACUCGAGCGCGGAGAUUUCAGUGCUGGUCUGCAAAAAUUUUAUGGCCCUUUCAAAGAGUAAUUACACAGUUGUGAAAUUAGGCAUCCUCUACAUUACAAAUGGUUGUGUCUUAGUACCUGCUGCAUGCACGGCAUCGUGAAAAGUAAUUUUUAUUGGAAAAUUUGGCUAAAGUCAAGAAAUGUCUUGGUGGCCGCGCGGUGAGGAUGCAGAGUGUCAGGACACUGACUCUGAUGUGGCUGACCAAAAGGAGUGUGGUAAAGUAAAAGUGAAAUGGACUCAAGAAGAGGAUGAUAAUCUGCGUACACUAGUUCAGAACGUGGGAACAAAUGACUGGAAAUACAUUGCCAGUUGUCUACCAAAUCGCUCAGAACAUCAGUGCCAGCACCGGUGGUCUAAGGUUUUAGACCCAGAUCUUGUCAAAGGGCCUUGGACUAAAGAGGAAGAUGAAAAGGUAAUAGAGCUGGUGAAUAAAUAUGGCAAUAAGCAGUGGGCCGUGGUGGCCAAGCACCUGAAGGGCCGUCUGGGGAAGCAGUGCCGAGAGCGAUGGCAUAACCACCUCAACCCGGAUGUGAAGAAGUGCUCGUGGACGGCAGAGGAGGACCUGAUCAUCUAUAAGGCCCACUGUGCACUGGGCAAUCGCUGGGCUGAGAUCGCCAAGAUGCUCCCCGGGAGGACUGACAAUGCAGUGAAAAACCACUGGAAUUCUACCAUCAAACGGAAGGUGGAGAUGGGAUAUUAUACUGGAGUGGACACAACCCUGCAUCUGGUUUACCAGCCUGAGUACGACGAUGCUAUUCAGCACAGCGCCGAUCCACCGGAGGAGUUGUGCUACAAUGGAGUUGAUGACUGUCUCCCUAUAGAAGUGGUGUCACAGGAAUCUGCCGACCCUGAGCCGCAGGAAGGUUCUCCUGCUGCAGCCAGCGCUGGGUCUCCCCGACCCCCCUGCGGCCCGGUGACACCCAGUGAAACGGAGGGCACAGGGGCAUCAAAUGUGCCUACCUGGGUGGUGGAUGCGUCAGGCUUCCUCUCACCUUCAGCCGCAUCCACUGUGAAGGAGAUGAUGGAGAUGAUGGAAGGGGACCUGGAAGGUUGGUGCAGUCUGGCUGACUUUGACCUGCCAGAUGCGAGUGCGAGUCCCGAGGUGCUGAAGUUCCGCCUGGAGGGCAGUGCCCUGCAUGAGCUCAGCAAGGGCAGCAAGGGGGAGCUGAUCCCCAUCUCGCCUGGCGGGGCCACGCCACCCUCCAUCCUCAGCCGCCGCACGCGUCGCCGCAUCGCUCUGUCCCCCAACGCCGACGACUCCAUGACUCCCAAGAGCACGCCGGUGAAGAUUCUCCCCUUCUCACCUUCCCAGUUUCUUAACUUGUGGACCAAACAAGACACACUGGACUUGGAGAACCCUUCUCUCACGUCGACCCCUGUGUGUAGUCAGAAGGCUAUUGUCACCACACCACUGCACCGGGACAAAACCCCCCUCACACAGAAGGAGAACUCUGUGUUCAUCACGCCGAACCACAAGGCUAAUCUAGACUGCACCCCCCGCACCCCGACCCCAUUUAAAAACGCUCUGGAGAAAUAUGGGCCCAUUCGGCCUCUGCCCCCGACACCGAACCUGGAGGAGGACCUGAAGGAGGUUCUGCGCAGCGAGGCAGGGGUGGAGCUCAUCGUGAGGGACGAGAGUCCUCCUGAGCAGCGACGCAAACAAUCGCACCGACCUCCCAUGAAGAAAGUGCGCAAAUCACUGGCACUGGAUGUCAUGGACUGUAACGAAAGUGGCGGUGUUCGACGGCAGCAGCAGCAGUCCAGAUCUGCUGCGAAACUCAACAGGAAGGCCGACCAGUCGCUGUCGAGCUCUCUCAACUCCUCUUACACGGUGAAGAAAGAAGAGAACAUCCUGGACCAGGGCUUCAUCCUUGGACCCGCUGAAAGCGGGCUAAACAACGAAAGAGUGGCCCCCAGACCCACUCCCCCUAUCUUUAUGUCACCAGCCUGGGAGACUGUUGUAUGUGGCCGGACGAAGGACCAGCUGAUCAUGACGGAGAAAGCCAGGCGUUAUCUUCGCUUCCUUAAAUCGACCACGCACAGCCGAGCUCUGAUCCUGUCUUGAGCCUGCACCGCCUUAUCCUGGCCUCUGAGAGGAGCUGCUUUGAUGCAUCAGCCUUCAUGCUUUGAUGCAUCAACCUUCAAUUCUACAACACGUUGUAGAAUGUCGAGUUGCAAGUUAUGAUGUUUUAAAAAAAAAAAAAAGAAAAGAAAGAAAACCAGCAAAAAAAAACCUGAAUAACGUGUGUAAUGAGAAUGAUGGUGGUGAAGCGCGUUGUGAUACAGUAUGCCCUUAUGGCCAUUAUGCAUGGUCAAUUUGUCAUGGUGCUUGCAUUCUCUCAGGUUGUGGUUCCUUUUCCACGGUAUGUCAUCAGCUAAAAGAUGCUAUCUGGUUGAGUCAAUGUAUAGGUAAUUUAUUAAGUUUCCGAAAUGCUUUGUCAACUUCUUUCCUGUUGGAAGACAAAAAAUGCAUUCAUGCCUUUAAUUGGCAGUCUUGUUUAAUACAACUAGUUAUGUGGAAAAAAAAAAGUUGAAAAGUUCAGGGUUCUUUUGAUCCCUUGUAUACAUUUUAUGAUAAUUUAGAAAUAAUUUUGUCUGCUAGGAUCAGCAGAAUGGAAGAAGCAUUCAUAAAAGAGCUAGAUCUUUGGCUCUACCAGGUUCUUAAACUAUAAUUAUGCCCAGUAUUUUCCAAUAACAUUUUUAUAGAUUGUGCUUAACUUUGUAUUUUUGAUGUGAGUUGAGCUAUGCUGUGCUUUGGUUGCCAGAGAAAUAAGUGCUGUAUGUAAUUUUGAAAA